AUGACAAGCCAGCGUGGGAGAGGCAGACCACCUAAGAGUUCAUACAAGAACAAUGUUCUCGAUUCUACUGUUGGUUAUUUUCCACAGCAUAUAGCAAGGAAAUCAAGGACCAGAACCAAAACAAUUAGCGUGAAAUCAUCGUCUCGUUCGGGUCUUGAAGAUGCGAAAACGCUAUCGCAAUGCGUUAAGGAAGAAGAGAGUAGCCUACCGCAAUGGGUUACGAAAAAGAAGAAAGUAAAUCUAAAAUCAAACAAGCAAUCGGAGAAUAUAAGUAGAGCAUCAAACAAUGAAUCUAGUCCAAGUUCAUUUUCGAAAUCUUCGGUGGUUCCAUGGAUGGCAGAAAUGGUGAUUCCGGGACCAAUUCCGGACCUCGAUUAUUUGUCCGAUGAAGUUGAUUUCUUAAAGAAUUUUUUUGUUGGCAUACCAGAAGACUAA